AUGUUUACUCAAGCCACUUCUACUACCCUUGUCGAGAACGUCGGCGUCUCCCAUCGCGAGAACCCCGACACCGAGAUUGCCGCUCUGAUCAACGCUGCCUGGAGCAUCGUGGUCUGGCAGUAUACCGGACAGGAAGACACUCGCUUCAUCACCGCCACUACAUCGGGAGAGGCCGACGAUCUUGAAUCCACCUACCAAGUAUGCAACGCACAGCUCGACGGCGCAACAACAAUCUCCGACUUCAUCCAACAAACACCCCAAGCGACAAAGGAGCUGGCCUCCGACCAGGUCCCUUUGGCCCCCUCACGAAAUGAGGCCGCUACCUCGCCAUUCCUGCAAUCGAUUACGACCCUCACCUCCAACAAGACCUAUCUCAACUCCUCCUCUCCCAGCCAUCUGGAUGCUACGGGCGCACUAAUCGAGCUCGUGGCUAUUCCUCUGCCAUUUGGCAAGCUCGAAUUUGUGGUGCGUUUUGCGCCAUCUACCAUCGACCAAGAACGAGCCGAUCACCUCGCGGCUGCUUUUGCGCACGUUCUUAAUUUGAUCAAUGACCCCGACCGGCGACACGACCGCCUAGAUGCCAUCGAUCUAGUCAGUAACUACGAUAAGGCAAAGCUUUGGACCUGGAAUAGCGUCCAGCUGCCGGAGACGGUCGAAUCAUGCGUCCAUUUCCUCUUCCGCCAGCGCGCGCAGGAGGAACCGGACAUGCUCGCUGUGGACGCCUGGGACGGCCGCUUCACGUAUGGCGAGCUGGACGAUAUUUCCGAUCGCAUCGCAGUCUGGCUAGCCCGAGAAGAGGGCAUCCGACCGGAAUCCAUUGUACCCCUGUGCUUUGAGAAGAGCCGCUGGGCCAUCGCCGCCCUGUUGGGUGUGAUCAAAGCAGGUGGUGCUAUUGUGUUUAUUGACCCAGCUAACCCAGUCAGCCGCAGGCAAGAUAUCAUGGAUCAGAUCGAAGGUAAGUGGGUACUGAGCUCGAAAAGCCAGGCCGAAACAUGGGAAAACGAAAUGGGCGUGCGAACCAUCGUCUUAGACGAGCAAUUUGCCGCCUCCCUGCCGGUCGAGGAUCAUAUCCUCGAGUCCGGCGUUACCCCUAACAACCUCCUCUACCUUAUUUUUACUUCAGGAAGCACAGGUAAGCCGAAAGGCUGCCUCAUCCCGCACAAGGCAUUCAUCUCAGGUGCCCUUGUACACGCCUCUCUAUCCAAUCUCUCCCGCGGUAGUCGUGUCUUGCAGCUCGCCUCGUACAGUUUCGAUGUGAGCAUGUUGGAGAUCAUGACUUCCCUUAUCUCGGGUGCAUGUGUAUGCACCCCAGACAUGGCGAGCAUGGCCCAGGGUCUCCAGCCCAUCUUCGACAAAUUCGACAUCACAUGGGCCUUCUUGACGCCGUCGCUAGUCAAGCUGCUGCGACCUGAGAUGGUUCCCAACCUCAAGACGCUCGCCCUAGGUGGUGAGCCACUCAGCAAAGUCGACAUCGAGACAUGGGCACCACACUUGCAACUAAUCAACGGAUACGGUCCAUCCGAGUGUUCCGUCGCCGCGGCGGGCGAUCCACAUCUAAAACCGACGAGUGAUCCAUCAAAUAUCGGCCGCGCCGUUGGCGGCCUUUGCUGGAUCGUGGAUGCCGAAAAUCACGACCGGCUCGUCCCCCUUGGCGCCGUCGGCGAGCUAUUGAUCUCCGGCCCCAUUCUCGCACGGGGAUAUUUGAAUGAUGCGGAAAAGACGGCCGCCUCCUUCAUUGAGAACCCGACCUGGACCGAAGGCUGGUCGCUGACACCAUCAGACGCGACCGUCUCAAGUGAAAGCGCAUCCAUGCGCUUCUACAAGACCGGCGACUUGGCCCGGUUCAACCUUGACGGCACCAUCCAGAUCCUUGGGCGCAAAGAUACCCAAGUCAAACUUCGUGGAUUACGUGUGGAGUUGGGCGAAAUUGAGCACAACAUCGCUCGCCACCCCCACAUCAAACAUGCUGCGGCGUUCCUCCCCAAGACUGGGCGGUGUAAGGAGAAAAUUGUCGCCGUUGUAUGUCUCAAAGACUUCGCUCAGGACUCCAAAUCUGGUCGAUCUGAUGCGCCCAUCAACGUGCUGUUUGAAGAUGAGAGGCCAGAUGUUAAGGAUCAGGCCGAUGCCGUUCGGAACCACCUGCGCGAAUGUGUGCCGGAAUACAUGGUUCCCGCCGUCUGGAUCGUGAUCGAGGCAUGGCCGCUAUUGGUGUCGGCCAAGCUCGAUCGCAAGCGGGUCUUUAACUGGUUGUUGGAUAUGGAUGAGGGCCUGUACAAUCACCUUUUGGGUUUGCUCGGUACUGACGUGUCAGAAAACGGCUCUUCGGAUGAGAAGUCUGACGCCCAUCUGUCCGAGGUUGAACGAACCCUUCGCGACAUCUUUGCUCAUGCCUUGAACACUCCCGCUCACGGUUUGCCGCUGGACAAAUCUUUCAUUGCGCUUGGUGGCGACAGUCUCGCUGCCAUGCGUGUGAUCUCACAAUGCCAGCGUGCCGGGUUGAAUGUGACAGUCCCGGACAUGAUGAAGAGUAAAUGCAUCAAGGACCUGGCUGCCCGUGUGGAGAAGACCCCUGGGAUGAAAACAAAGCCAGAUCUUUUGGAUGUCUCAUUUCCACUUUCGCGGGCUCAGCAGUUCUGUCUGGGUGACGGGAGAGCGGCAAACCAUCUCACGCAGAGCAUUCUUCUGAAACUGGAUAGCACUGUUUCGGCCGCUCGUGUCAAGGCUGCGUUGGAAGCCAUUGUCACCCGCCACUCCAUGUUGCGGGCGCGCUUUGGUGAAUCAGAAGGAAAUGGCGCCCUGUCUCUCAGACAGACGGUCACCUCUGAGAUCGAGGGUUCUUACAGCUUUCAGCAUCACCGCAUAGAACGUCCUGAAGAUAUCACCACCAUCGCAGCCACAGCAGACGCCGUGUCCCUCUCUGGGCCAAUUUUCUCCGCUGGUCUAGUUACAGGAGCGGAAAAGCAACUAUUGGUCUUGAGAGCCCACAGUGCUGUGGUCGACGGUGCCUCCUGGAGCAUCAUCAUCCGGCAGCUCCAGACCUGCUUGAGUCUCCCAGAUGGGCCUCUUCUGGGCGAAGAGGCCCAGGAGCCAGUCUCUUUCCAGAACUGGGUCAGCGUCGAGAGAGAGACAACGGGUGACGAGAUUGCAGUCGCGCCACGCAUUCUGCUAGCAUCGGAGGUUGACAUGGACUACCAGGCAGUGGAGCUUGACCAGGCAACAACUACCCUGCUCUUGAGCGAGGAAGUACACAAGCCACUGCGGACUCACGUCGUCGACUUCAUGAUGGCAAGUCUGAUGCUUUCAUUUAGGCAAACAUUUGGCGGCCGGGAGACCCUACCUACACUUGCUUUGUGGGAGGAUGAGCGUGGACGCGCGUCUGAAGAUUUUGGCAUUGACCUCUCGCAAACCGUUGGUCGAUUCGAGACUCUGCGUGCAUUGAAUCUCGACACGGCCGAUAUGAGCACCAACGACGCGCAAGUGCGCAUGUUGAAGGGGAUCAAGGACGCCCGGAAAACGACAAUGGAGCCAAGCAGUAUUCAGAACCCGGAGAUCUCGUUUCGCUACCGUGAUCUGUCGAACAUUAUUGACGGUCCUCGCAGCCUUGUGCAAAUCAAACCGCGUCCCGUCUUUCUCCCUGCGCCCGGAGCAGCUCCUUUGGUUAGCAACAUCUCCAUUGUGGCGGAAGUCAUCGAUGAGAAUAUUCAGCUUGCCUUCUCUUUUAACAAGAAGGUUGUUCAAGAGAACCAGGUCAAGGCGUGGAUUGCGACCGCGCAGGAAACGCUUGCUUCCCUUGUUGUCAAGAUGGUCAACGCCCCGGUUGAAUACACCCCAUCAGACUUCCCGUUAUUGCACGGAAUCAGCUACAACACCCUGGACAAGCUCAUCAACGAACAACUGCCCCAGAUCGGCCUUAUUCCUGGGCCUGAGUCUUCGUUGAUCGAAGACAUUUAUCCAUGCUCACCCAUGCAGCAGGACCUGUUGCUUAGCCAGCACCGGUCCGCGGAUGACAUGUAUGAUGUCUACCAUAUCGCGGAACUGAGGCCACGCGAUCCCAGGGACCCUGACGAAGAUUUCGCGUCCGUCCUUGCCAACCAAGACCCCAUCUCGAUCAGAGGACCCGAGCCUGCGCAUCGGUUGUCUAUCUGCCGCAUUGCAGGAGCCAGUCACGUUGUCAUCAAACUAGAGAUGAACCAUGUCAUCGUGGAUGGCGUCUCUGCGGCUGUGAUUGUCCGUGAUCUACUGCAGGCGUAUGAUGGGCAUGCGGCGCAAUUGGAGCCUGCAAUGCCGUUCCGCCACUACAUCUCCCACAUCCGCGAGACGCCUCUGGAAUCAUCAAUCGACUUUUGGGCAGAUUACCUCAGGGGUCAGAGUGCGACCAUGGUUCCCAGGCUGGCCAGCCUAGAGACAGAGAACCAAGGUGAGAGACAGUUGAACGUGGUGUCAGUUCCCCUGAAAGAGGAGGGCGUCUCAAAUGAGGCGCUUCUCGACUUCUGCCGGAGGGCCUCCGUCACCCCUGCCAAUGUGUUUCAGGCUGCCUGGGCACUGGUACUCCGGGCUUAUGCCGAGUCGCCCGAGCAAGUCUGCUUCGGUUACCUCUCAGCAGGACGCGACGCUCCCCUCCCAGGCAUCCAAGAAGGAGUCGGUGCUUUCCUCACUAUGCUGGUGAGCCGUCUGUCUUUUGCAACCGAGGAGAAGGAGAACGAAGGUGAUAAGACUGCCACCGUUACUACAUUGCUGGACGCAGUGCACAUUGUUGCCGAAGACUACGUCAACGCCCUGCCUCACCAGCACGUUGGUCUCUCCAACAUCCAGCACGCACUCCAGACAGGAGGCAGUCCACUCUUCAAUACCAUCAUUGCAGUAAACCGUGAUGUUGACAGCCCAGCUGAUUCGUCACUCAUCUUCAAGAACAUCGGGGAUCACGAACCCGAUGAGUACGCCAUCGUCCUAGACGUGCAGCUCAACGGCUCUAACACGGCGCGUGCUUCACUCCGUCACUGGACCGAUCACUUGACGGCCAAGCAAGCAGGCAAUAUUGCGAGUGCGCUCGGAAAUGCCGUUCAAGCAAUUAUAACCCGCCCGGAUACCCCUAUCAGCGAGGUUGAACUUGUGGGCGUCGCCCAUACGGAUCAACUGUUGUCCUUCAACACCCACCAACUGCCACGGGCAAACCGAUUGAUCUUCACGAAUUUCGAGAAGCUCGCCCGCGUGCAGCCUCACGCUCCGGCGGUGUGUGCUUGGGAUGGCGAGUGGACAUACAGCCAGCUCGAUGAGGUAUCCAACCGCCUCGCUCACUACCUGCGUACCUUAGGGGUAGGUCCCGAGGCCGUUGUGCCACACUGUUUCCCGAAGUCGGGUUGGACCAUCGUGACGUGCCUUGCGAUUCUGAAAGCCGGUGGUGCCUUCGUCGGGCUGGAUCCGACCCAUCCAAAAAAGCGACUGGAGGGUUUGGUCCAAGAAGCCGGAGCCAAGGUGGUGUGUGUGGCACCGCAGAAUCGGGACUUGUUCGAAGGGUGCGACAACUUGAGCAUUGUGGAGAUCACGCCAGAGUUCGUUGCUAAGCUCCCUUCAAAGUCUGGCCCGGCAUGCGGCUACAUCCAGCCAAACAAUGCGGCUUGCGUCGUUUUCACGUCUGGUACGACCGGUCGGCCCAAGGCUGUAGUGGUGGAACAUGCCUCGAUGGCGACCCUGUCAGAUCUCAUGGGUCCGGCGGUUCGUAUCGGUCCAGAGGCUCGCGUCUUCCAGUUCGCCAGUUACACCUUUGAUACAUCGAAUCAGGACAUUUUCACCACCCUCCAGCGCGGUGGCUGCGUUUGCGUGCCGUCAGAUGAGGACCGUGUCAACGAUAUCCCUGGAGCAUUGAACCGCCUUCGCGCUAACCACGCCCACUUGACCAGCACUGUUAUUAGUCUCAUGCGCCCGGAGCAGGUCCCCCAGCUCCGAUGGCUGUUUAGCGCUGGCGAGCCCCUUACCCGGGAGAACGUGGAGAUCUGGGCGCCAGCAGUCGAGCUUUACAACAGUUAUGGCCCGGCCGAGUCAUCUGUCGCCGUCACUUGUACUCCCACCCGUCUGAGCCCGAGUGGCAGCCCAGCAAACAUCGGUCAGGCCUUUGGUUGCCACGCAUGGAUCGCGGAUCCCACCGACUACCACAAGCUGAUGCCUCUGGGUGCCGUGGGAGAGCUCCUUCUUGAGGGUCCGCUGCUCGCGCGUCACUACCUGAACAACCCAGAACAGACAGCAGCAGCCUUUGUCCAGAACCCCCGAUGGGCGAAGAGUAUGAGUCCGGACCAGAACCGGCGAUUCUACCGAACCGGCGAUCUGUGUCGCUUCAACCGUGACGGCAGUCUGACCAUCAUCGGCCGCCGUGAUAGCCAGAUCAAGAUUCACGGCCAGCGCGUUGAGCUUGACCACAUCAAGUACGAAGUUCAGGCCCAGCUCGCCCAGCUUGAUCAAUCGAGUCUGGUUUCCGUUGAUGCUGUGAUGCUUCCAAAGGCCCAAAUCCAGGACCGAACUUUGGUAGCAUUCGUUCAGUUUCUCGACGAGGCGCCUGCGAAGCCCCUGGACACUUUGUCCAUUCCCAUGACUGAGAGGCUCGCCCGCCUGUUCUCCGACCUGCAGCGAGCCCUCAAGUCAAGCCUACCUCAAUACAUGGUCCCGGCCAUGUUCGUCCCAAUCACGCAGAUUCCACGAACCGCGAACGGCAAGCUGGCUCGUAAUGUCCUGCGGGAGAUAAUCGCUGGUCUUUCCGAGGCCGACGUUUCUCGUUACAUGCUGCAGGGUGAGACCGCGAAGAAAGCCCCGACGACACCCCGUGAGCAGAAGCUUCAAGCCGCCUGGAGUAAAGUCCUGAACUUGCCCUUGGAGAAGGUGGGCGCUUCUGAUGACUUCUUCCAACUUGGAGGCGACUCAGUUGUGGCCAUGCGGCUUGCAGGCGCUGCACGAGUGGCAGGCAUGUCCUUGACUUUCGCGGACAUCUUCGCGAAUCCCGUCUUGUCCGACAUGGCUCAAGUUGUACGAAUGGGCGAUGAAUCUGGAGAACAGGAGACAGAUGAGAAAGCAUUUGACCUUGUCCCACUGUCAUCCACGUCAUCACUGCAGACGAUUCGCGCCGAAGCGGCAACACAGUGUGGUGUCAGGCCUGAUGCCAUCGUUGAUAUGUACCCAUCCACCCCACUACAGGAGGGUCUGGUCGCUCUUUCGAUGCGACAAACCGGAGCGUACAAGGAUCAGCGCAUCCUGCGCCUCACAGACCCAAAUUACGACGUGUCCAGAUUCCGCCGUGCGUUCGAUGCCGUUGUCUCCGCCGAACCUAUUUUCCGAACGCGCUUUGUGAGCGUCAGUGGCGCCGGACUCCUCCAGGCGGUACUGAAUGUCCCGGUUGACUGGAUCAAGCGCGACAAUCUGGCCGCGUAUCUCGAGGAGGAUUUGAACGCUCCGGUGACGUAUGGAAGUGCGCUCAUCCGUCUCGCCAUGGUAGAGGAGAACGGAGAACGUUACAUUGUGUGGUCAGGACACCAUGCACUUUGCGACGGCUUCAGCAUGGACAUCACAUUCGAACAGAUUGCCCACGCGAUGGCACACGAGGGUUCCGUGGUCUCCAAGCCGGUCUCCUUCAAGGGAUUCAUCCGCUUCUUGCAGGAUCAGGAUCGAGACAGCUCUGCCAGGGAGUACUGGCAGAAGCAGUUCCCUGCUGACGGCGAGGCACCGCCCCAAUUUCCACCCAGGCCACAAGGCCACCAGGUUGUCCCUCAUCGUGCUUGUCGCCUACAAUUCCAGCUGAAUCGCCCGGCUGGUACCAAGAUCUCAGUGACGAACUAUCUGCGCGCCGCAUGGGGUCUCGUCGUGGCUCGACACCAGGACAGCUCGGACGUCCUGUUCGGCGUGACCCUUUCUGGCCGAAACGCCCCGGUUGCAGGUAUCUCUACCAUGAACGGGCCCACGAUGACAACCGCCCCGUUCCGUAUGACCGUCCCGUUGGAUAGCGAUACAACGGUAGCUCAGUAUCUUGACGCCCUCCACCAACAGGCCAUUACAAUGAUGCCGUUUGAACACACCGGUCUGCAGAAUAUUCGUCGUCUCAAUGAGCUGGCCCGUGCGGCUGUGGACAAUAUGGGACAUCGUUUUGCGGUGGAGCCUAGCAUCAGCGACGUCAGUGAGGCCCUUGACGGCAUGGAAAUUGUAUCCGCCGAUCUUCCAGAGGGCUUUUACACCGAUGCCUUGGUCAUUCGCAACUAUGACCACAGUGAUGGAGCAAUCGUCGUGGAAGCUCGCUAUGAUCACACCUUGAUCUCUGACCGCGAUAUGCAGAGACUGCUUAGCCAAUACAAUCAUGUGGUCCAGCAACUGACCAGUCAACCGGAGACGUGCAUUCGUGAUAUCCAAGUGCUUAGCCCCGACGACAUCAGUGAGAUCAUGUCAUGGAAUGGUGAUCUACCUGAAACGGUUCAAGGGUGCGUGCAUCAACUUGUCGCAGAGCGAGCGAAGGAGCGUCCAGACGCUGAGGCCGUGUGUGCCUGGGACGGAAGUUACACCUUCGGGGAAUUGGAUGGGGUGACCGAACGCCUCGCAGCCCAUCUUCAGAACCUCGGCGUCGGCCCAGAAGUGACGGUCGCUCUUUGCUUUGACAAGUCCAAAUGGAAUGUCGUCUCUAUGCUAUCCAUCCUGAAGGCUGGCGGUUGCUACACGGCCUUGAGUCCGGCAUACCCAGCCGCUCGCAUGCAGGAUAUCCUCCAGGAUGUCCAAGCACCCCUGGUACUGUGCUCACCCCAUCAUGCAGAUAAGUUCUCUGGCAUGGCGCCCAAGGUUCUGCCAAUCGACGAUGCCAGUUUCGAAUAUCUACCCAAGCAAACAACAACCCAUCGCGUCACCUCCGCAGUGCAACCAUCCAAUGCAGCACUGAUCGUUUUCACCUCCGGCAGUACCGGUAAGCCCAAGGGCGCAAUCAUUGAACAUCGUGGUUUGUGUUCCAUGCAGCACUAUGAAGGACCUCAUGUACAAAUGGGACCGGAUACUCGCACACUACAAUUCGCCUCUCAUGUCUUUGACGUGUCCAACUCGGAGGUUUUUACCACCUUGAUGCGGGGUGGCUGUGUGUGUGUGCCGUCCGAGACCGAGCGACUUAGCGACCUCGCUGGCGCAGUUAACAAGUACAGAGUAAACUGGUCCUUCCACGUUCCAACAACUGCAGAGACGCUCGAUCCGGAGCAGAUGCCAGGCUUGAAGCAUCUGGCUUUGGGCGGUGAAGCCAUCAGUCAAGGCCUAUGUGACCGCUGGGCAUCUCGUGUGACACUACUCAAUUCAUAUGGACCCUCAGAGUGCAGUAUCUGGACCAGUGUCUCGCAUCUGCAGCCAGGGACUUCAUCUCCGAACAACAUCGGUCGUGGACUUGGCUGCCGGACAUGGAUCACCGAAGCAAAUGACCACAAUCGUUUGGUGGCGAUUGGGUGCGUGGGUGAACUCUGUGUGGAAGGCCCAAUCGUCACACGAGGUUAUAAAGCCAAUCCCGAACAGACCGCUGCUGCUUACAUCGAGAACCCAGCAUUUGCGCGGACUCUAGGCAUCCAAGCCAUGCGCAUCUAUAAGACAGGUGACUUGGUAAAGUAUGAUGCAGACGGCAAUAUCCUCUAUGUCGGCCGUAAGGAUAGCCAAGUCAAGGUCCGUGGACAGCGCAUUGAACUGAGCGAGGUGGAACAAAACAUCGUGGCCCACGGCAUUGAUGCAGACGCUGUCGUUGUCGAAAAGGUCUUCUUGAAUGGGAACAAAGACCGCGUGGCUCUGGCGGCCUUCCUAAGACUCAAUGCAUCCUCUGAGUCGACUGGUGCAUCUGGGGAUGUCGAAAGCAUGGACGUCGUUCGAGACCAGCUCGUCGCCCUCAAGAACCACUUAUUGGACACCAUUCCUCCUCACAUGGUCCCCUCUUUCUUUAUUCCUCUACGAUCCAUGCCUGUGACACAGACGGGAAAGAAGAACCGCAAGGCGCUCAGAACACUCGGUGCAUCUUUGUCGUCCGAGCAAAGACAACAGUACACUCUCGACGAUGAAGCCGAUUCAUCAAACACCAACGGAGGUCGCGCAUGCACUAGCGAAGCUGAGAAGCGGCUCCGAGCAUUGUGGUCUGAAGUCCUCGGAAUCUUCCCAGAGGAGUCAAUCUCGGCCAGCGAUAAUUUCUUCCACAGAGGAGGUGAUUCAAUUCAAGCCAUGCGACUUGCGGCCGCGGCUCGUCGCGCUGGCAAAGCGCUGGCAGUGAGCGACUUGUUCCGCAUGCCGCGGCUGUACCAAAUGGCCGAGCUCUGGGAGAGCAGUGUGCAAAGCCAAGACGCAACCAUUGCGCCUUUCUCGCUGCUCCAGCCAGAGAUCGUUGACGACGCUAUUCAGGAGGCCGUUCGCCAAUGCAAUGUCGAUGCGAGCGACAUCGAAGACAUUUAUCUCUGUUCGGCACUGCAGGAAGGUCUCAUGGCAGUCUCCACUCGGAAGCAGGGCUCCUACAUCUCGACAAGAAUCUUCGACUUGCCAGCUGAUCUCGACAUUGAUCGCUUCAAGGAAGCAUGGCAAAAGGCCGCCGACGUCUUCCCGAUCUUGCGGACGCGCAUUAUCCUCGGUCGUGCCUCCGAGUCUCUCCAGGUCGUGCUCAAGGAAAAGCUAGCAUGGCAGACCAUCACCGAUGAGACAUCCUUUAGCCUUCCCGUCAUUGAGUACGGAGGCCGUCUGUGCUCCUUUGCGAUCGACGUCGAGGCACGCAAAUUUGUCUUGGCCCUCCAUCACGCUCUUUAUGAUGGCUGGAGUGCCACGGUACUGCUUGGGGCUGUGGAAAAGUUCUACGCGGGUGAGCAAUACCAGGUGGGUCCAGGAUAUAAUGUCUUCAUUCGGCAUCUCUCUCAAGUUGAUCAAUCCGAGUCGGACAAUUUCUGGAAAGGUCAGCUCAGUGGUACACCCGCACAUUUCCCCAAGUUGCCCUCCAAAACAUACGAGGCCAAGAACAGCGCCAACGUCUCUCACACCAUCCGUCUACCAGCGCCCGAGCAUCAACCCACUGGAAUACUCAAGUCAACCUUGCUCCGAGCAGCAUGGGCUAUCGUGAGUUCCAGGCAUGCCGGGUCCAAUGAUAUCACCUUUGGUGCAGCCCAAUCAGGUCGCGACUGCGCUGUCCCUGGCAUCGUGGAAGUUGUCGGCCCAACUGUUACGACGGUACCGGUUCGCAUCCAGAUCAAUGACGACGAGACCAUCGUCAACUUCCUCCAGCGGGUUCAAGAGCAAUCUGUCAGCAUGAUCCCGCACCAGCAUGCCGGUGUGCAAACACUUCGACAGCUGGGCAAAGACGUCCAACCCGCGCUCGACUUCACCACUUUGUUCGAGUUCGGAGAGGAUUCCAACCAGAGUGGCUUCAUCACUGAGAUAGAAAUGCCUGAGCUGCUGGACGGUUUCUGGUCCUAUCCUAUUGUCUUCGAGUGCCAUCUGGCUCAGAGCGGGGAGACUGUCAACGUUUUGGCACGACAUGACCCGACGGUCAUUCCCACACACCAGAUGGAUUGGAUCUGCAAGCAGUUCGAACACGUCGUCGACCAGCUCUACCGUAUGGCAUCUGAUGGGCUCGAGGCUAGAAAGGUUGGUGAGCUCGACCUCUUCGGCCCAAGUGACUUUACCCAAAUCGAGGCCUGGAAUGCUAGAUGGCCUGUGGGUUCCAUCGACGGCAAGGCAGUUCACGAGGCCAUUGCCGAGCAAUGCCGACUUCAUCCCCAGAACCUCGCCCUCUCAGGCUGGGAUGGCGAAAUGACCUACGCCCAGCUAGAGCACUACGCGACAAAGUUAGCCAAGGCACUUGUUCUAAAGGGUGUUGGACUCGAAGUCAUGGUUCCACUCUGCUUUGACAAGUCCACCUGGGCGAUCGUGUCUACCAUAGCUAUCAUCAAAGCCGGAGGCGUCGUUGUGCAUCUUGGGCCUACUCACCCGGCGAACCGCAGAAAGGAGAUCUUGAAAACGAUCGGAGCCGAGUUUGUAUUGGUCUCGCCGCAACACACUGGCAUCUUUGAUGAUGCGGCUGUCACAACCAUCCCAAUUGACCGAGAGUAUUUGGAUCGGCUGCCCGAUGUUGACUACGUGGAACUGCCCAAGGUCAAGCCCUCCAACGCAGUCUAUGUUUGCUUCACUUCAGGAAGCACGGGUCGGCCGAAGGGAAUUGUGGUCGAACACGGCAAUCUGCGCAUGAGCGCCCAGGCACAUGGUGCUCAAUUCAAGGUCAACCCUGGCACCAGGGUGUUCCAGUUCUCGGCUUAUACUUUCGAUAUCGGUCUCGGUGACAUAUUCAUUUCCCUCCAACGCGGAGCCACCAUCUGCACGCCAUCUGAGUGGGAGAGGUUGAACGAGCUUUCUGGAGCCAUCACCAAAUAUAAGGCAAACUUCAUGUCGGUCACCCCAUCGGUGGCCAAACUUCUCCGCCCAGAGGCCGUUCCAACACUGCGCACCCUUGUCCUCGGUGGUGAAGCACCCACUCAGGACAACGUGCAAACCUGGUCCGAUAAGUUGAACCUAGUUAUCAUUUGGGGACCAGCCGAAACCACCAUCUACGCAUCGGCUACCCCGCCCACGACUCGGCAAACAAGUGCACAAGGCCUCGGAAACCCAAUGGGUAGUGUAAUGUGGCUGUGCGAUCCAGACAACCACAAUAGGCUGGUGCCCCUUGGUUGCGUGGGUGAGAUUGUUGUCGAGGGCCCGCUCGUCUCGCGUGGCUAUCUGAAGGACGAGGCAAAGACAGCAGCUGCGUACAUCGAGGAUCCAGUCUGGGCUAAGAAGCUGGACAAGAGUGCCUCACCUCGCCGGAUGUACAAAACUGGAGAUUUGGCACGCUACGACGCCAACGGAUAUAUGUUAUUCUCCGGUCGUAAAGACAAUCAGGUGAAGCUCCACGGACAAAGAAUGGAGCUGGACGAAGUGGAACACGCCAUGUUAAGACACGAAAGAGUGCGCCAGGCUGUCGCGCGUAUCCCUCGGCACGGACCACUCAAAGACAAGCUGGUGGCGAUGUUGAGUCUCCAUGAUGUCUCAUCGACCAACUCCCCCGUUGCAAACACAAUUAUUGUGCUUGAUGAAGACUGCCAUGGUAUUAAGGUUGGACAGGAACUUGCCUCCGUGCGUGAGUUGCUGCAAAAGAACCUACCAAGCUACAUGGUACCAACAAUUUGGAUUGGUGUUGAGGCUGUUCCGCUGAGCGCCAAUUCCAAGGUUGAUCGGAAAUCCGUUGAUGCUUGGAUGGAAGAGAUGGAUCAGGAAACCUAUGCCUCGUUGCUGCGCGAUGGAGGUAGUGAUAAGAAAGAAGAAGAAAUUCGCCGCCCAUCCACCCCGGUGGAGCAAAUUCUGUGCAACCUCAUCAGCAAGAUCCUUGGCUUGAGCUCGGAGACACUCAACCUCAACUCUUCGUUCCUGGCCCUUGGUGGCGACUCCGUCGCUGCCAUGCAGUUGCGUAGCAAGUCUCGCGCUGAGGGGGUUACGGUCUCCAUGCUGGACAUUAUCAGGAGCAAGAGUCUCGUCGAGCUUGCGUCGAAGGCGGAAUAUACCGAACCAACUGUGAAGAAGGUCCAGGACGGGUCCUUUGAUCUCUCGCCAAUCCAGCAGAUGUACUUCGAUCUGGUGGGAUCUGCUGCCGACGCAAACAUUGGUCAUUUCGACCAGAGCAUUCUUCUGGAAGUCAACAGCGACGUGGCGCCUCAAACAUUGCGACAGGCCCUCGCACAGGUUGUUCGGCGGCACUCGAUGCUCCGCGCCCGAUACGCUCGAAACGAUGCCGGCCAGUGGUAUCAGUACCUUGCUGAAGAUUCAGCAAAUUCAUUCCAUUUCAGCGUCGAAGAUGUGGAAGAUGGUUAUCAAGUGUCCAGAAUACUGAGGAACAUGGGUGGUGUGUUUGACAUCGAAAAGGGCCCAGUCUUCGCUGCCCGCGUAUAUAAUCUUCGAUCAGAGCGCAAACAGUUGAUGUUUGUUCAUGCUCAUCAUUUGGUGGUGGAUGUGGUUUCGUGGCACGUUCUGCUCGGCGAUCUGGAGCUUGCCAUUGCCACUGGCAGCUUGGCCGGCCCAGCUCCGCUCUCUUUCCAGAGUUGGUUGCGAUCUCAAAAGGACAUGGCGCAGUCUCUUGAACCACGAGACCUGCUACCCUUCUCAAACACAAGCAUGCCUGUGGCCAACUUUGAAUAUUGGGGAAUGGGAGGCAACAAGUCGAACAGAUACUGCGACGCCGUUGUUACUGACUUUUGGCUCGAUGAGUCCCUAACGACCCAGUUAAUGAGUGUCAGCAAGGGGACUUCAAACGCCGCCCCUGUCGACAUCAUUCUGGCUUCUCUUCUCCACUCCUUUGCGGCUGUCUUCCCUGACCGUGCCGCACCACCAGUCUUCUCUGAGGGCCAUGGUCGCGAGUCAUGGAACAACCAGGUCGAUCCUUCCGGCACAGUGGGUUGGUUUACAACUAUGAGCCCACUGCAUGUAUCUGAUCUGCAAUUGGAUAUUAUCAAGACCGUGCAGACCGUAAAGGAUCUCCGCCGCCGGCUACCGGCUAACGGCAUGUCAUACUUCAGCUCCAGGUAUCUCUCCGACAAAGGGCGCAAAGCCUUUGGUUCUCAUUUCGAUAUGGAGAUCAUGUUCAACUACCUUGGCCGGUCCUCUGAAGUUGGAAGUGAGAACGCCCUUCUCUCGCAUGCCGAACUACCAGACGGCGCGACCUUCGACCAAUUGGUCCAAGAUGAAAAGCUUCCCCGCUGGUCUCUCUUCGACAUCGUUGCCCUUGUUGUUGGCGGCAGAACCCACGUUACCAUGGCCUACAACAAGCACAUGCAACACCAGGAUAGAAUCGUUGAGUGGGCAGCCAAGACAAAGUCCACGCUUAGCCUUGCCAUUGAGGUUCUCAGUGGGGUGAAAAGCCUGCCGCUCACUCCGCCAACUCCCAAACCCUCACCCGUGCAGCACCAGCCCAAGGAUCAAAGCAUCACCCUCGACAGCAUUGAAGGAAUUUACCCCUGUGCCCCAGUACAGCGUCACAUGCUCGCAGAGCGCGAAAAGCACCCCAACCGCCGCUUGUACGAAAUGGAUUUUACUUACCAAGCUCAUGCACUCAAUGGUGUCGUCGACGUGGAUAGAAUCCGCGAAGCAUGGCACCAGGUUAUACAACGCCAUCCCGCACUUCGAACUGUCUUCCUUCCCAGCAUGUCUUCACCCGGCUCCUACGAUCAAGUUAUCAUUCGGAACUGGCACCCCGAGGUCCCCAUGAUCGAGUGCGCCAGUGAGGAGGAGAUGACGGCGCGCAUGGACGCCUACCGAUCGGUCAACUACAGCCUCUCGAACAGAAAGCCACACCAUCAGCUCACCUUGUUCAGUACAACAGUCAAUGGCGUGCAAAAGAUUGCCUUCAAAACCGAAACAGACCACACCCUUACCGACGGCGUUUCUGUCGCUCUGAUCCUCCGCGACCUGAUGCUGGCGUAUGAGGGCAAGCUUCCCGCCACCCCAGCCCCGUCAUUCGGUAGCUAUUCUGUCUGGCUGAACGGGAUGAGCCAAGGCGAGACACUAGUUAAGGACAAGGAAUACUGGCUAGAGUUCGCGCGGAGCUCCGGGCCAUCACUUAUUCCUCAUACCGAUGCCUCCACCCUUGUACUAUCCCAACCCCGGGUCCACAAAACAAAGACCAUCAACCUGGAUUCGGAAACCACCAGCCGACUCCCCGCCUUCUGUGUUCAGCACGGUGUGACAAUGGCGGCGUUCCUUCAGACGGCCUGGGGAAUGGUGUUACAGCACCUCACGGGAUCUGACAAAACUCUCUUCUCCUUCAUGACCGCCAACAGAGAUGCGCCGUUCGCCGGCGCAGCAGAGACCGUCGGUCCGCUCAUCCAAAUGCUUCUGUGUCGGAUCGAUCUCAGCAACAAGGAGAUUGGCGACGUGUUGAGGCAAGCACGAGAUGACUUCCUCGAGUCGCUGGAGCAUCAGUACGGACUGGCCCAGAUGGAAGACGUGUGGCAGACCCCAGCGUGGAAUUCUCUGAUGAGUCUACAGUACAUGGACUCGCGAGUGGGUCAGAAGGCCACGGAGCGGACUGAACUGGAGGUUGAGCUGCGUUCGGCAGAAGAUCCCACUGCGUGGGACGUGUCGAUCGGUGUGCAGAUCCAUAGUCGGGGAGACGGUGUUACUGAGGUAGAUGCAGAGCUUGGCUAUUGGUCUGAUGUGCUCACGGAUGAAAGGGCAGGAGAUGUGAAGGAUUUGUUUGAAGCUUCUGUGAAGAAGAUGCUUGAUGGAUGUUGA